GGUUAGCGAUGUCAAGUUAUAUAUCCCAAAGCAUUUAUGACAAAGUGAGAAAACUUCAUUACCUCCUCUUCAAUGGCUUCCAAGACUCUUCAGAUGUUUUCCUUAUUCUGCUCUGUUUUGUUUCUCCAACUUCACUUCUCGGCAGGCCAAAGUGCAGUUCAAUCUGCCUAUUGGUUUCCAGACAGUGGGAUUGAAGCCGGAGACAUAGACUCCACUUUGUUCACUCACCUCUUCUGCGCUUUUGCCGAUCUUGAUGCCGACUCAAACCAAGUCACUGUUUCAUCCUCAAACUCUGGCCCUUUCUCACAAUUCACCCAAACUGUCCAGCAAAAGAACCCUAAUGUCAAAACCCUUUUGUCCAUCGGCGGUGGAAAUUCUGAUACAACCGCCUUCGCCUCCAUGGCCAGCCAAGCCAGCUCCAGGAAAAGCUUCAUUGAUUCCUCAAUAAAACUAGCCAGGAAUUAUGGGUUCCAUGGCCUGGACCUUGACUGGGAGUACCCAGAAACUGCUGCUGACAUGUCUAACCUCGGGCUGCUCUUCAAUGAGUGGCGGGCGGCGGUGGCCGCCGACGCAAAAGCCACAGGAAAACCGGCUUUGCUUCUGACUGCAGCUGUUUACUAUGCGCCAAGGGUGAAUGGAGUGGAUUAUCCAAUUCAAGCUAUAGCAAAUGGACUAGACUGGAUCAACUUGAUGGCUUAUGACUUCUACGAUCCAACUAGGUCUCAGGUGACAAAUUCUCACGCUGCAUUGUACGAUCCAGCAGGCCAAGUCAGUGGGGAUUAUGGUGUUGGGGCUUGGAUUGAGGCCGGUUUGGGCUCAAAGAAGCUGGUUCUGGGUUUGCCAUUUUAUGGGUAUGCCUGGAGGCUGGUUAAUGCUAAUAAUCAUGGCCUUUAUGCACCGGCCAAUGGUGCAGUGGGUCCGGAAAGUGGGGCAAUGGGGUUCAACCAAAUCAGGAAUUUCAUCACUCAGAACAAUGCCCCAGUUGUGUACAAUGCCACAGUGGUCACAAACUAUUGCUAUUCUGGGACAACUUGGAUAGGGUACGAUGAUACCAUGACUGUUUCCACCAAGGUUUCUUAUGCUAAGCAACAGAGCUUGCUUGGUUACUUUGCUUGGCAUGUUGCAGCAGAUGAAAAUUGGGCACUUUCCAAAGCAGCCGAACAAGCAUGGGGAGCAUGAAAGUCAAGGCUAAAGGGAGACGCGUAUCCAUGAAUGAUAUAUGCUCACAAAGAUCAAUUAAUUAGAAUAAACGGCCUUUUACUGUACAAGGCUUGUACUUAGAAAGCUAAAUGAUAUGGAAGGCUUUUACUGUACAAGGCUUUUACUGUACAAGGCUUGUAAUUAGAAUAAGCCGAACAAAUAUUUUUUUUUUUUUUGUCUCCAUAUUAUUGUGGUCUUCUAAUAUUGUAUUUGUACACACCAGAGGUGUAUCUUUUAUUAUGUAUGUAUAAAUAAAAAUAUAUAUUUAAUAAUUAAAUUUUAAAUUUUUUA